AUGGGGGUCUGUACCGUCUUGAUUGACACCAACAUCACAAGCAUCAACACCACAGGCAUCACAGCCUUCUCCAUGCCCAGCUGGCAGCUGGCACUGUGGGCCUCAGCCUACCUGGCCCUGGUGCUGGUGGCCGUGACAGGCAAUGCCACGGUCAUCUGGAUCAUCCUGGCCCAUCAGAGGAUGCGCACAGUCACCAGCUACUUCAUUGUCAACCUGGCCCUGGCUGACCUCUGCAUGGCUGCUUUCAACGCUGCCUUCAACUUUGUCUAUGCCAGCCACAACAUCUGGUACUUUGGCCGUACCUUCUGCUACUUCCAGAACCUCUUCCCCAUCACAGCCAUGUUUGUCAGCAUUUACUCUAUGACAGCCAUCACCGCUGACAGGUACAUGGCCAUCGUCCACCCCUUCCAGCCUCGGCUCUCAGCCCUUGGCACCAAAGCAGUUAUUGCUGGCAUCUGGCUGGUGGCUCUGGCCCUCGCCUUCCCCCAGUGCUUCUACUCCACCAUCACCAUGGAACAGGGUGCCACCAAGUGCAUUGUGGCCUGGCCCGAAGACAGCAAAGGCAUGACACACCUCCUGUACCACCUCGCAGUGAUCGCCCUCAUCUACUUCCUUCCCCUUAUGGUGAUGUUCGUCGCUUACAGCGUCAUCGGCGUCACACUCUGGAGGCGCGCGGUCCCUGGGCAUCAGGAGCACGGCGCCAGCCUGCGCCACCUUCAGGCGAAGAAAAAGUUUGUGAAGACCAUGGUGCUGGUGGUGGUGACAUUUGCUGUCUGCUGGCUGCCCUACCACCUCUACUUCAUCCUGGGCAACUUCCAAGAGGACAUCUACUGCCAUAAGUUCAUCCAGCAGGUCUACCUGGCCCUCUUCUGGUUGGCCAUGAGCUCCACUAUGUACAAUCCCAUCAUCUAUUGCUGCCUCAACCGCAGGUUUCGCUCUGGAUUCCGACUUGCUUUCCGCUGCUGCCCAUGGGUCACACCAACUGAGAGAGAUAAGCUCGAGCUGACUCACACUCCAUCCCUCUCCAUGAGGGUUAAUAGGUGUCACACUAAAGACACUUUGUUCAUGGCCCCUUCCGAGGCUACCAAUGGGCAACCUGAGAGUGGCCAAGAUGAGGUGCUCAUGGAACCCUGA